AUGGAACCACCUGCAGGCCCUCCGGCCGCCGCCCCCGGCGAAAUCCCACCUGCAGACCCUCCGGCCGCCGCCCCCGGCGAAACCUUAAGCAAAAAUGCACAGAAGCGUGAAGCCAAGAACAAGCUGAGAGAAGAGGCUUUGAAGAAAAAGGAAGAGGAGAAAGCCAGAAAGGCUCUUGAAAAUCUAAGUGUCAAAGAGAACAAAGUUGCAGCUGCUGAUGACGAAGAUAUGGAUCCAACGCAAUACCUGGAGAAUAGGCUUAAGUAUCUUGCGACUGAAAAAGCAGAUGGGAGAAACCCGUAUCCUCACAAGUUCUCUGUCACUAUGUCUAUUGAACAAUACAUCAAGGAGUAUGAAGGUUUAAGCGAUGGGCAACACCUUGAGGAUGUUUCUGUGUCUUUGGCUGGCCGAAUCAUGCUCAAACGUGCCUCUGGGGCAAAGCUUGUCUUUUAUGAUCUGCAUGGUGGUGGUUUUAAGGUUCAGGUUAUGGCUGAUGCAAGGUACCCAUUCUUGUUUUCUUCAAAUUUACUGCACAUGUAG